AGCAAACACUUGUUUCUUAGGACCCAGUGAUAUCUUCCGAAUACCAUAUAUUCCAACACACUGGAAUCGUUCGGAAGUUCCUUGCCAUCCUUUUAACUUGAUUUUGCACCGUAAUACUGAUUUAGUCUUCCGCAAAGUCUCCACUACUGCGCCACGCGCUUAGGGAUUUAGAACUUGUCCACGAAGCUGUGUGUUCUUCAAGGACGACCAGGUGUUGGGUUGUUGCUGUCCUGAUUUACGCUGAGGGUCAUGGCGUCAAUCACGGCACUGACGCCCACGGGCGUCACUUCGGCGGUUCACCGACACAGUGGACAAGAAUCUGCAGUUGGGGUGUCAAGGCCCGUUUCCCUGUUCUUUGCAGGAGAAUCCAGGUUUCCGAGCGUCGCGCAAGAACCGAGAGCCGGGAACCGAAUCGUUUCGGCAAACUUACCUAAAGUUUCCGCCACAACCGCGCCUCUUACCGCAAAUCCACCAUUCUCGAGUGGAAACGAAAAGAAUGAGAGCAACGUUUCGAGUCUCAAGACGGAGCUCCUUAGUAUAAUCGCAGGGUUGGACAGGGGCUUGCUGGCAACCGCGAACGACGAAACAGCAGCCGAUGCAGCAGCCCGCAAAUUGGAAGCAGCAGGAGACGCGGUGGAGCUACCAAGGGACUUAGACUUGCUGCAAGGCAGAUGGCGAUUGGUCUUUACCAGCGGAUUCGCAACAGGCAGUCUCGGAGGCGAGAGACCAGGACCACCUGUGGGCCGGCUACUCCCACUCACCCUAGGCCAGGUGUACCAAAGAAUAGACGUAGCAAGCAAAGAGCUAGACAACAUCGUGGAUCUGCGAGUGGGAACUCCGUGGCCACUACCUCCAGUGGAAGUGACAGCAACGUUAGCCCACACGUUUGAGGUGACGAGCAGCAACAGCAUCCGCAUCGUGUUCGACAAGACGACGGUGAAGCCCACGGGGGGGCUGUCGCAAUUGCCCUCCUUCGACACGCCUCCGUUACCGGAAUUUCUGAGGCAGCCAUCCAACUCGCGUGGCGGCAGCUUCGACACCACGUACUUGGACUCGGAUUUUCGCAUCAGUCGCGGCGACCGCGGCGAGCUGCGCAUCUUCGUCCGGGCGUGAUUCGACGACCCCAAGUCGGUAGGUCGGUGUAAAUUCUGUGUUGUAAUCUAGAGUUGUGUCAUCAUGCGUUGCAUUGUGGACCUGGCUUCCAUUUUGGCUUUGGAAUCCUUUUCAUUCUUAUUUGUGCUUUGACGAUGAUGAGAUUUGCUUGUACAACAAUUUUAGCAAAUGGGGGGAAUAUUUGAUGAGUGUUUUAUCUUU